AUGCUGCAGACGAUUUACGAGGGCGAGUCGAGUUUCUCCACAACAUACCAGCACCAGAAGAACCUCAGCAGCAAGAUGCACAACGUGAACAACUCAGUGGACAUAAAGCCGGACGUCCCGCUGUUAGUGGAGCCUGUGUCACCGCUGGACCUCCGCACAGAGCUGAGGAUGCUGGGGCCCGGCUCAGACCCCGGUCUGUGGGAGCGGCAGCUGCAACAGGAGCUGCUCCUCAUCCAGAAGCAGCAGCAGAUCCAGAAGCAGCUCCUCAUCAGCGAGUUUCAGAAACAACACGAGAAACUGAGCCGACAGCACCAGGCCCAGCUGCAGGAGCACCUCAAGCUCCAGCAGGAACUGCAGACCAUGAAACAUCAGCAGGAGCUGGCAGAGAAGGAGAGGCGCCUGGAGCAGCAGAACCAGCAGGAGAAGGAGCAGGAGCGCCACCGCAGGGAGACGCAUGUGUCCACACUGAGCCUGAGGGCCAAGGAGCGCUCCAGAGACAGUGCAGUGGCCAGUAAUGAGGUCAAGCAGAAACUCCAAGAGUUUCUGUUGAAUAAAACGGCAAAGGACCCGGUGAGCAACGGAAACCACUCUUUCAUUCAGCACCCAAAACUGUGGUACAUGUCGUCUCAUCACACAUCUCUUGACCAAAGCUCUCCACCUUCGGGUGGCGCCUCCCCCACCUGCCAGUACACGCUGCCAUCGCCCCUCGAGAGCAAGGACGACUUCCCCUUGAGAAAGACAGCCUCCGAGCCAAACCUGAAGGUGCGGUCCCGGCUCAAGCAGAAAGUGGCGGAGAGGAGGAGCAGCCCGAUGCUAAAGAGGAGAGACAGCAACAUCAUGACGCCGUACAAGAAGAGAGCCUUGGAGAUCAUGGAUUCAACGCCCAUGAACAGUGCUCCUGGCUCUGGUCCAAGCUCUCCCAUUGGAGCCUCCAGUGCCUUGGGGGCCGAGAACGGACCCUCCUCUCUGCCCACCACCACAAAAACCGAGCGAUGGCCUUCACAACCUCGACUGUUCUGUCCAGAGGGCUCCGUGUCCAUGCUGAGCCUCUACACCUCUCCCUCUUUACCCAACAUCACUCUGGGACUCUCUGGUGCGUCUAUGGGUCUGAAGGAGCGGUCGACGGAGGUGAAGCACGGGCUCCCGGGACACCUGCUGGGGCCGGUCCCGCUGCACUCUCUGGAGUCUAAAGUCAGCUCCAGUCAUCAGGCUCUGCUGCAACAUCUGCUGCAGAAGGAGCAGAUGAGACAGCAGAAGAUGCUCUCCUCAGGUCCCGGCUCCAUGUCCUCCCUGCCGCAGUCUCCUCUGGCCAUGAAGGAGCGGCCGUCCAGCACCAGGCCCAAGCUUCCAAAACACCGGCCCCUGAACCGCACGCAGUCCGCCCCGCUCCCACAGAACACACUGGCACAACUGGUCAUCCAGCAGCAGCACCAGCACUUCCUGGAGAAGCAGAAGCAGUACCAGCAGCAGAUCCACAUCAACAAGCUGUUGUCCAAGUCCAUUGAGCAGUUACGUCAGCCCAACACACACCUGCAGGAGUCCGAGGAGGAGCAGGAGGAGCAGCACAUGGAGGAGGAUAGGAUGCCCCCUGCAGGUGUAAUCCGGAAGCACACUCUGAGCAGCAGCAGCAGCGGCGGCUCUUCUGAGCAUCCAGACGCCCACAUCAGGGUCAUCAAGGUCAAAGAGGAGCCGCUGGACAGCGAGGAUGAAGCUCCAGGCUUAGAGAUGGAUCAGAGAUCCUAUCUGCACCAGGUCAACGGGCGGCUGGUGAUAAGAGCCAUGAUCUGA